AUGGCUGAUCAGAAAUGUAUCAACAUUUUUUGUGGAUGGCCUGGUUUAUCACACGAUGCACGAGUUUUAAGGGAACCAACUACUGUUCUUACAAACUUUAAUAUUAGAUUAUUAGAUGUGUACCAUAAGAGUUAUUGUCGUUUUAUAAUAACAGCUGUCUGUGUUCUUCACAAUAUCUGCAUAUCUCAUGAUGACAUUGAAGUUGAGGAAUAUGAACAGUAUAUUCUACCUGCAGUAUCUGAUACAGGUAAUGGAAUAUAUAAACGAGAUGAAUUAUGUGCAUUAAAUUAUGAACAAUAA